AUGCCCAUCGUGAACGGCCCUGUGGAUAACCAAGCUCGGAUUGAUCUCAUGAACAACCUGAGCCUUCUCCUGAGCGCCGUCGUCGAGGGUCCGCCAGGCGCCGAAGACCUGAUCGAGUACCUCGUUGGCCUGGGGGCCAACAUCGACCCCUUGCAGACAAACCUAACCGGUCGGUUCCUCGCAACACAAGCUGAAAAUGGGAGGGUCGGUAAUUCACUGGCUAUACUUCGUGCGCAAAUCAAUCAGGGGGUCGCCCAGGGAGUACUUUCGGAUUUCGGGAGAGGGUUUGUUCAAGACCGGUGGUAUAUCGAGUGGAUUCAGCACCUGGCAAGAGCUAUGCGGGAGCUGGGCCGAGAAGAUAUCACCCGCUGGCUCAUCGACAGAAAUUUCGCCACCAACCAGAUAGCACUGUGCCACGCCAUCAAUUGGCAUGACCACGACGCCGUGCGUCGCAUCAUAUCCCGCCUACAAUUACGCGGCGACUCCCUCGACGAGGUCAUCCCCCGGGACGUGCACACCGGCACAGAGCCGCGCCGCCCGACCCGCGCCUUCUUUGAGUCGGCGCUCGACUUCGCCGUCUCGCGCGCCGUGCAGGACUUCAACGCAGCCGCCUUGUUACUUAUAGCAGGCGCCGACUUCCGGCGCGUCUCGCCCCAGACCCGCCGCAACGCGGCCGAGACCCGCGACCUGUUCCUCGCCGACCCGAACGCCGACGCGCGCCGAUUCUUCCAUGGGGCCAGAGGCACGUUCCUUGUUCGAAACGCAGAGGCCGCGCGCACGCGAUACCUGCUCAUGGUCUCGAACAUAUCCGAGGAACUGACUGAUGCCCCGCCCGAGAGUGAGGAUGAUGGCUUCGCCGGCAGCUCGGAAUCCCAGUGGGACUUGAGCAUGCACGAGGAGAGCGACGAGAGCGAAGGUUAUUACGACGACGGCGAAAUCCCGAACGACGACGACGGGUUUCCGGACCCGGACGACGACGACGACGACGACGACGACGACGACGACUAG